AUUAAAAUUAUUAUUUCUGGCGCACAGAAUAGGUUUGAGCGUUGUAGGCGUUAGAGUGGGCGUGGCACACUGACCAAAAAACCUUGGGAAUCUCAGGAAUCUGCAUGCCUAAUUCCAGUAUUGUAGCUUUUAUAGAUCACAGUGCUCAUUCGGACAGACGGACAGAGAAAAUGAUAAGAUAUAUUUCUAGGUGCGAUUUCCAGUGUUUGGUGUCAGCAAGUAAAUUAAAUAAUUAAAAAAAUAUAUUUUUUUUUCUUAGGUAGUUCUAUAAUAAGUUAAUUCAUAUUGGCCUUAGUCUGAAGGUUGGUCCCUGUACUGCUGUAUGCUACGGAAUUGAGGUUGUAUUAACGUUAACUGACAUCGUAUAUGUUGUCACGGUCCACAGUGUAAAAAAAAUGCGCCGAAAACUAUGCAGAUUUGUUUUUUUAGUUUUCACUCGGACGUGAAUUUAUUAACAUUGUCGGGUUUGCCCUUUAACGUCAUAUGUUUUCUUUGUGUGUUGGAGAAUUUUCAUAGGGAAAUUCCCAUUUGGUGUAAUAAAGCAGCUUACUAGGCAAAUAUCUGAGUGGAAAGCCUAUAUGAACACUAAAAUAAAACUUAGUUAAAUACAAGUAAAUUAUUUCUAAUGUAAAUAAAAUUUUUCAUAAAUCAAGAAAGCGUUACUUAAAUAUAGGAAAUGGUUACCAAAAACUAGACUCGCCCUAAAAACGAAGAAAAAGGUCCUUUUAUCAAGAAAUUUUUUUCUGGAAAAAAAGGCCAUUCCACCAGCUGCAGCUAAAGCGGUGAUGGCGGACGAGCUGGCUUCUAUAGGGAGGAGGGAAAAGGGGGCAAAAAAAGAGCGGCCUUUAAGGGGCACCUGGAGAAGCCAUUGUCAGAAUGCUGGUCGACUUCCUGCAGUAUCAGGCGGAACAACCCCGUUCCCAAUCCGGCUCCUACUUCCUCAUCGUCCAAUAUGCCUAUUGGGACUCGGGGGUGGACUGCAGAUGGCGCGGGAAAGAUGGCGAAACAUCCGUGGGACGAGAAGGAAUCUUUAUAAUACUAAUUUACAUGAAUUAAAACAUUCGCUGAACAUUCCAUUUAUUUUCAAUUUAAUUUCUUUGUGCACCACCAGACUCUUCUUUUUAAAAUUAAUAAACCUAGUUUCUCGACAGUAAGACCCAGCCGCAUGCAUUGUGUAAAUUUCGGUCACACUACAAAGAAUAAGAUUUUUCUACUAGUGAAACUCUUAGUCGAUCUGAGUACUAGUCUUUAAUAAUAUAUAUUCAGCAAUGCUCUACCAUGAUACAUAAUUUGAUUUUCAAAUAUUUUAAAUUUUUAACUUCAAUUUAUUAAAAUUUAAAAUUUUUUAUGGGGGGUAAAGUCAAUUUUUCCUCUGGCUACACUAACAUACAUAUAUGUAGUUCGAAAUCAUUGCUUACUUCAAAGUCAGCCUGGGAACAAGUUUAGACGACGCGCUGAUAGUAAAAGCUUUGCGAUGUCAACUGUUUUCUUUGGAACUAUUGUGCACACGAAGUCUUUCAGUGAAUUCGAGUCAUUCGAAAAGGGAUUUUUGGUGAUAGACGACUGCGGAAAGAUAAUAGGAAUUGGCCAUGACUACCAGGGAUGGGUAUCCAGCAACCCGGUCCGGGCCAAGGAUUUGCAGGAGGUUAGGCUGACGGAUUGCCAGUUCAUCAUGCCUGGCUUCGUCGAUUGCCAUAUACACGCCCCGCAGUUCGCACAAGUGGGCCUGGGACUCGACAUGCCCCUUCUGGACUGGCUGAACACGUACACCUUCCCGCUGGAGGCAAAGUUUUCCGACCAACAAUACGCCCAACAGGUUUACCAAAGCGUUGUCCACGCAACGCUGCGCUGUGGAACCACCCUGGCUUCCUAUUUCGCCACGAACCACCUGGAGUCGACGCUGAUCCUGGCGCGGGAGGCGGUGCGCCAAGGCCAGCGGGCGCUCGUUGGCAAGGUUUGCUCCAACUGCAACAGCCCCGACUUCUACGUGGAGACUGCAGAGGAGUCGGCCAGUGCUACUUUGGCGUUCGUGGAGGAGAUGCGGAAGCUUGGCAGUUCCCUGGUGCUACCCACAAUCACUCCCCGCUUCGCUCUCAGUUGCAGCAAGGAACUGCUAAAGGAACUGGGCUGUAUAGCAAAGCGAUUCGAUCUUCACGUCCAGAGCCACAUCAGCGAAAAUCUAGCAGAGAUCGAGAUGGUAAAGGGGAUCUUUAAAUCUAGUUACGCCAAGGCUUACGACGAGGCUGGACUGCUGACGAAUAAGACGGUAAUGGCGCAUGGCGUGCACCUCGAGGACGACGAGGUCGCGCUUUUUAGGACUCGCGGUUCCUCGGUGGCACAUUGUCCUGCAUCUAACACAAUGCUCAGCUCGGGACUGUGCGACGUCCAGCGGCUUGUUAACAAUGGCGUGACCGUCGGCCUUGGCACAGACGUAUCGGGUGGAAACUCCGUUUCAAUUCAGUACGCCCUUUUGCGAGCGUUGGACGUGUCGAAGCACCUUGACUUCUUCAAAAAACAGAACAUACGCGGAACGGGGGAGGCGAAAGCACAAGAUCCCAACUACGUUCCGCUGAAAUAUAAGCAGGCGAUUUAUUUGGCAACUUUAGGCGGCGCCAAGGCGCUUUCCCUGGAUCAUUUGACUGGAAACUUUGCAUUAGGGAAGGAGUUUGAUGCCCUGUUAGUGGACAUAAGCGUCGUAGAAAAUCCCGUGCGAAGGCUGAAUGUCGACGAGCUGGUAGAAAAGUUCAUUUACACUGGCGAUGAUCGCAAUAUUUUAGAAGUCUUUGUGGCCGGCAAGCCCGUUAAGAACGACUGUCAAUUAAAAUAGAUUAGUUAUACUCUAUCCAUUAUACUUUUACAUUUAGGCAUUUCACAAGGAAUCGUAUGGGAAAUUUAUUUUUAUAGACACUAAAUGCUGAAACGUAAUCUUGCUUUUAGAUAACUUUCAAUAUAAUUUAUGUACAGUUGGACUUUUAAGAAGUAAAACCUAUUUUGUCUACUCGUUUUACAUUUUAUACUCGAAACAGUUAAAUAAACUAUACUUUGAGUUUA